AUGGCUCUUAAAACAAGAAUCCCCCUUACUCAUCGGACUUAUUCUAAUGCCAACGACUCCAAUGGAUCAAAUUCUGACUUCGCCAAUGAUUUAAUUCCCAAAUACAGCAUCUAUUAUGAAGAGUCAAUGAAGAUAAUUGGUAAAAUCCAGAAGGAGCUCGGCGAAAAACGUCUUUUGACGGAACAAGUAAAUAUGCUAGAGUUGAUUAGGUUGAGAUCAAUGUAUUUCAGAAUGGUGAAGGAGAAGGGAACUGCGCUUAGGAAAACACAAUCGCAACUAGAUACUAUGGAGAUGGAACGCAGACAGUCCUUCAAAGUUUUCUUACCAAACUCACUCCGCCAAGCCAAUAAAUUUCCGCAGUUGGAAAUUAUCUUCGACGCCACGUUUGGAAUUUCUAAGGACGACGCCAAAUCUAUGUUGAUCAUGGACGAACGUUGUGAGGAGGAAUUUAAAGUACAGCAUACUUUGGAAGGCCAUGGACUGAUUUUCAGUCGUCUCAUGCCGGACACAUUUCCACCAGUAUUCAAAGAAUGGCUAAAGACGAUUCAAGAGGUCAAAGGCCAAAUCGACAAUGCAGAGGCAGCAUAUCGAGGAAGCGCCGACGUUGAGGAGGACGAUGCAUUAACGCCACCGGAUUUCAUCUCCAGAGUUGAUGUUGUAUUGUAUGAGAAAGCCAAGGAGUUAGCUGAGGCUUGUGACCUAGCUUACUAUGAUGAUUUUAAGACUUUUGGGAGAUCUACUCAUCCGCUUUGGGAAUACAAGGAUAGGAUGAUCGCAGAAUGGGAAGAAAGAAAUUUGAUGCCAGAAUUGAUGGCGGCUGCUGAGGCUAACUGGAAGAUCUACUGGAGGUAUCUAUGA